CCCCACCACUGACCAGUACGCUGUAAUGUUUGGUGAAAGUCCGCUGCUCACAUCAUAGACCGACGCGGUGUCAUUUUUUCUCAGGUAUUACGGUAAGUAAACAGUGACGUCGAGACACACCUUCACUCACGCGGUUGGCGCUAGUUGCCAUGGAAGGUUAUCAAGUGCAAAACCGGCUGAGGCAACAACACCCUCCGGAAAGACGUUGAACCUGCCGGUAGCACCGGUGGAGUACGGACCCUUACGGUUUAAGGGACAGCGAUUAGGAAACGGUGCACUAUGUUUUUACGGCAGGCAGAGUGAGUGAGUGAUUAAGUCUGUCAGAUUCAGUAUGUCUGCAUGGGUGCAGCAAGAGGCUGGUCCAACCAGUUCUGCUGAAGCCAAAAAAUCAGAGCCCAGAGGCCAAGAGAAGAAAUGCUCAUGGGCGUCUUACAUGACAAACUCCCCCACCGUGAUCGUCAUGAUCGGCCUCCCAGCCAGAGGCAAGACUUACAUGUCAAAAAAACUCACACGCUACCUCAACUGGAUAGGAGUUCCAACAAAGGUGUUUAACCUGGGAGUGUAUCGGAGGGAAGCAGUUAAAGCGUACAAGUCUUAUGACUUCUUCAGACAUGACAAUGAGGAAGCCAUGAAGAUACGAAAACAGUGUGCCUUGGUGGCCCUGCAAGAUGUAAAAAUCUACCUGAAUGAGGAAGGUGGACAAAUAGCUGUAUUUGAUGCCACAAACACAACCCGGGAGAGGCGGGAUCUUAUAUUAAAUUUUGUACAGGAGAAUGCAUUCAAGGUGUUUUUUGUGGAGUCAGUAUGUGAUGAUCCAGAGGUUAUUGCAGCUAACAUCCUGGAGGUCAAGGUUUCCAGUCCAGAUUAUCCAGAGACGCACAGAGAGAGAGUCAUGGAUGAUUUCCUAAAACGCAUCGAAUGUUAUAAAGUCACUUACCAACCACUAGAUCCUGAUGAAUAUGACAAAGAUUUGUCCUUCAUUAAGGUGAUGAACGUGGGUCGUCGGUUCCUGGUGAACCGUAUUCAGGACUAUAUCCAGAGCAAGAUUGUCUACUACCUCAUGAACAUCCACGUGCACUCGCACUCCAUCUACCUGUGCAGGCACGGAGAGAGCGAACACAACGUCCAGGGCCGCAUCGGAGGAGAUUCUGAACUCUCUCCCCAAGGGCGACAGUUUGCAAGUGCUCUGCGAGAGUUCAUUGAGGAGCAUAAGCUGUUUGACUUGAAGGUUUGGACCAGUCAGUUAAGGAGAACCAUCCAGACGGCUGAAGAGCUGAGAGUUCCAUAUGAACAGUGGAAAAUCCUCAAUGAGAUAGAUGCUGGUGUAUGUGAGGAGAUGAGCUACGAAAUGAUCCAGAACACAUUCCCAGAAGAGUUUGCAUUAAGGGAUCAGGACAAAUACCACUACAGAUAUCCAGGAGGAGAGUCGUAUCAGGAUCUGGUUCAGCGACUGGAGCCUGUGAUCAUGGAGCUUGAGAGACAAGGCAAUGUACUGGUCGUCUGCCACCAGGCGGUUAUGCGCUGCCUACUAGCCUAUUUCUUGGACAAGAGUGCAGAUGAUCUCCCCUAUUUGAAAUGUCCCCUUCAUACCAUCAUGAAGCUCACUCCUGUUGCUUAUGGCUGCAAAGUGGAAAUGUUUCAUCUGAAUGUGGAAGCAGUGAACACACAUCGGGACCGACCGCUGGGGAAAGUCAGGCGAGACUCCGCCCCUCUGCUAAGGCGGAAUAGUUACACGCCCCUCUCCAGUCACGACCAGGUUAAGCGGCCCCGCCUCUACAGCGCUGGCAACCGGCCCUGGCUGCCCCUCACCCCCUCCCCCACAACCCUGCACUUCCCCGACACGCCAGAAGGGGCGCUGCUGCUUCAGCAAAGCCAAUCUCAUGUGGUUGGCAGUCAUCUGACUCCUUGUGUGAAGGAAUCAGCUUUGACUGCACAGACGAAGUUAAUGACUGUUUCCGCUUCUGAAUGAGAUGGAGGGAAUUUCCAAAAUCCUGCAUGAAAAUGAAACUCUGCUUUUAGAUUCUCCCACUCCCCACCUCUGCUUGCUUUAUCGGUGACAGAACUACAUUUCCCAUCAGGACCUUGCAUGACAGAUCACCACUGCUAUGAUUACAAUGAAUCCUAUGCUUUAUCAUCAUGAGAUGUAUAUUUAUGACUUCAAUAUUUUUAGUUACUUUAAGUGCUGAUGCCUUAUUGAAAACUAAACAAAGGAGAUCCUCUCCUUGAACUGAAUGUGAUCUGUUAUAAUUUGGACACAACUUGGGUUGUGUAAAUGAUGAUAAACCCCAUACACAGUGUUGCAACAUGUUUGCGGCAAUGCACUUUCACAAUCAUAACGAUUACAACAGACAGUAGUCAGUUGUCGGAAAAGAAGAAAAGCUUCUUUCAGGGAAUCAAUGAGAGAUUUAACACAGAUAAAGGAACUGUUUAAUAACAAGUAGGUUUAAGCAGAUUGUGGCUUGAAAUGAAUGCACUUAAUGAGAGAUUUGAAAUGACAGUGAAAUAUUUUUUGUCUUGCACAUUUUCUUAAGAAUGAGACUCUUACGGGAUACUGUACAAAGUUUAAGCUAGUGAUGUAAUAUUUUUAUAGAAAUGUAUUUGUGUGUCGCAUCAUGACAAGGAUUUGUAGGUUAAAAGAAGUAUAUUUUAUAGGUCAGGUCACCGCUGGAGAUGCUAGCAAAUAUAGUUGUUUUUAUUAAGGAUUUGAAUGUAGUCUAUGCUCUUGAAGCAAGAAAUGUGUUCUCUGGUUAUGUGAUCGGUUAAACUGGAAAUACUAGCUUAACAAGUCCGCUUAUAUUUUUGUGAUGAGCUGCACUACUCAAACACAAUCCACAUCUGAAUCAACAGCAUGUCAUCGACCAACAACAGCAGAAAAGUUAAAUAAUGUGCCCUGUGACUUUCUAAUGGUUGAAUGUUUAAAGAAAAAACAUUUGAAUCACAUUUUGCCUCACUGUUUGCCUCGGUACAAGUACAAAUAUUCCAUGUCAUCUCUAAAUCAAUGUUCUACAUGCUGCAUGCAUAACACUAAAUUAUGAAUACAUUAGCAAAAUGCUGCAGACUUACACAGUCCAGUAUAGUGUUUCAGACUGUCACAUGUCCUGUGGAACAUGUCAACUUUUCAAUUUCAUUUCAACUCACUAUGAUCAGUGCUUCUGCAUAAAACUAGCAUUUUCCACUACAAUCAAGCUGCAGUUGAGAUAUCCAAGCAUGCAUUGCCCUUAAGUAGUGACUGGUGUGAUGGCACAAGUAUUGCACACAAUCUGACUUUAUAAAUUAUACCUGCUGUUACAAUGCCAAUGACACAGAAUAUAAAAUAUAUGAUUCAUUGUCUAAUCUUGGAAUAUUGCCUGCAAUGUUUUGCAACAUCCAAGUACAUACAAUUAAACAUCUGUUAUGUCA